CAGAACCUCUCUGCACACCAUGGAUGACUCUCCUUCAACCCACUGCCUUUCGUGAUUUAGAUCACAGGCUCCACCAGGAAAUCCUUGCGUACUCCGCCUAUGCCGAACCAACCUUUGCAGAAGUCCAUAUACGCAAAAAAGUCUUUCGCUUCAUUGAUAAUGGUGUUAAGAGCUCUAUUCCUGGGAGUCGCGUCGGGAUAUUUGGGAGCGUCGUGACUGGGUUGACUAUUCCUGUUCCGGACUUGGACUUGGCCAUCAUCACGGAAGACAUGACGAAAACCGAUGUCAAAAGACAGCUCUUCAGGCUUCGAGACCGAUUCCGACGCGGGCGGCUCAUUGACGGUGCGGAGGUGCGGUUUCACGCCAAGGUACCGAUUGUGAGGUUCACUACGCGUCCGGAGUAUGGCUCGAUGAGUGUGGACAUUGGUGUGAACAACACUGAUGGCAUGCACGUCGCGGAGAUGAUCAAGGACUAUCGGGAGAAGAUGCCUGAAUUGAGGCCCUUGGUGCUUGUCAUGAAGGGCCUACUUGCGCGAUCUGGGUUCAACGAUCCAGCCCGUGGCGGUUUGGGGAGCUAUCCGUUGGUUUGUAUGUGCAUCAGCUUCUUGCAGGUUAACCCGCCGUUAGAGUCACUGGGGAAACUCCUUACUGGAAUGCUUUAUUACUACGGCGUUUCGUUUCCGUAUGAGACGUCUUAUAUAUCUGUGAGAGAAGGCCAGGUGUUGCUAAAGUCGACUGCGACGUGGUGCGAAACUGAGGAUAAACUCGUCGUACAAUGUUUGACAAAUCCCAAAAGUAAUAUAGCCUCGUCAGUAGAUGGCACUGCAAAGCUCCGUAAAAUCUUCAAAGAGGCGUAUGUGAAGCUUUCGGAAGUCACGAUCGAUGAUCCGUUGGUGCUCGGUACGAUUGUAGGUUAUCCGCAGAGAGUGCUUGAUCAUCGUGCGGCUAUCAAGGCCUUGGUCGAUGCUCGACCGCCUGCCAUUCGGAUGCCAGGGCUUCACCGCGAUUCCUUGCCUCGCAGCAAUGGAGGACGGACAAAUGAGAGCCGAGGGAGUCAGGGAAGAUCCGAUUCUGCGAGUUCCAGCGGCCACCGGCGGCGGUACACCAAAAACGUGAAGUCGUGAUUCCGUCUUGUGUACAUUUAUAUUUUAGGCUGGAUUUCUUGGACGGGUGUUAUCCCAAAGUGUUGCUCUAUAUACCUCUUGUCCAAUUUUCUAUAGAAUUCUUUGCUCCUUCAAAAAGUACUACUCUUCAG